GUGGGAACAAUGUCGAUGAGAGAACAGAAACUUUAGAUUAUCACAAUGUGUCUCAAAAAAACAAUUUCCACAACUGAUAAAAUCCUGAAUUCAAUGCCACUUGUCACUGUUGAAACUCUACGAGUUACCUUUAAAGCCAGUUCAACAAUUACUGGGUAAUUGAAAAUUGAAUGGUUAAUGAAAUGGCUAAUAAUUAGAUUGGUUGACUUUGUAAAAACACUCUAGGAUGUACUAGAUGGGCAACUAACUUUGUUGCUUUUGGGAUAAUGUGCUAAAAUUCAUUAUUGUGUUUUCGCUCUACCAAGGUGAACAAGCUUCUAACUUAGUUGUGAAAUAUUUGGGGUGUCCUAUUUUUUGCAGGCUGAUUAUCGCAUGGUUAUCCAGCACUGGGCAGGAAGGGUUUGUUGAGUACUGAUGGCACAUUCUUCCAAUGCAUUUGGUAAUUUGAUGUAAUAAUCAGAAGUAUUCUGCUUUUAAUUUUCACUGGAGUUCAAUGUACAGUGUCUUUACUUGCUAUGGGUAAAGAUAUUACAGUUGGCUUAAACACAAACAGUUGAAAUAAGUUUCAUCCCGUGAGAAAAUUUGAAGUAGAUUGGCUCUCAGACUAAAAAGGUUUACAAGCUGUAAACCAAUACUUUUUUUUUGGAAGUUCAGAAAUGUUCGCUUGCCAUAGGGUUAAAGUUCAAGAGGAACAUAAUAACAAAGUUAUUUCUCUGUCAAUACAAAUGCUGCCAAAGAUUCUGUCCCAUGUGAGUUAAAAUCCCAUCUGGAUGCAAGGACUCCACGUGAUUUCUCUGUGAGAUUAUAAAUACUAUGCUGGACAUCUGCAACCAAAUCUGCACUGAUAUACAAAAUCACUUCAACAAGCCCAUCUCGUCUGCCGGUUCAACACGCAGGGAACCAUUUCCAGCAGAGACCUUAAAGAUGGACCCAUUGCUUUCCAGCUCCUCUCCUGUCAACACCACUGGAAUUGUUGACGUCUCAUUUUCCGAGUUUGCUCCAUCUCUCCUGCGUAAGGUGUCCGACGAAUCAUGCCGCUUCAUCGUCUCAUCGCGGUUUAUUUCCAAUUUCAUCCCCAUUAUCUACAGUAUCAUCUUUAUCUUGGGCUUCAUUGCGAACAGUGUGGUAAUCGCCACCUUUUGCCACCGCAUUCAUUUAAAAACUGUCACUAACAUCUACAUCAUCAACUUGUCGAUUGUUGAAUUGCUCCUCCUGUCCACACUUCCCCUCUGGGCUGUCUAUUAUGCUACUGGGUACAACUGGCUUUUUGGGGCAGUGAUGUGUAAAAUAUGCAGCUCUCUUGUAUCUCUGAAUUUAUAUGCCAGAGCAUUUUUUAUUAUGUCGAUGAGUAUUAAUUGCUACCUGGUACACCUGCAUCCGAUUGAUUCUCAGACAAAAAGGGCUCUGUGUCAAGCUCACUGCAUUAUGAUCCUUGUGUGGACUGUGGCUUUAGUUGCGACCUUUCCAACUGUCUAUUUUCAAGGUUCCCUUUAUAUCCAAAGUCUGGAUAAGACAAGGUGCACAAUGGUAUAUCCCGCCAGCAAUGCUGGACAUUGGUCUGCCGCAUUGUCAUUGAUGGAAAAUAUUCUGGGUUUCUUCAUUCCCUUCACUGUGAUCGGUAUAUGCUGCGGCUCUUUUGCCUGUCAUCUGAUGAGGAUGGAAGUAUCGGAUAGAAACACAUGCAAGCGCAAUAAGAUGCUCUGGAUGGUGAUUGCAGUUGUACUGGCCUUUCUCAUCUGCUGGUUGCCAUUCCAUGUAUUGACUUUUAUGAGUGCAAUGUGGAAGUUGAACUUCUUCACUGAUUGCCAAAUGGUCACUAUUAUUGGAAUUGCAAUGCCAGUCAGCAUCUGCCUUGGCUUUGCCAACAGCUGUGUCAACCCCUUUAUCUACUGCUUGGUGGGAGAUCAGUUCCAAACGCAGCUCACUGAUAUGGCUCGUAGAGGGUCCAUCAAUCUCUACAACCGGAGGAGCUCAGCAACCAGGAGCACGGCCACCUCUUGCAAGAACAGUGACACCACCGAUAUUGGGCCUAACCAUUCAUGAGAAGUGAGCUGUGAAGAAACAAGAAUGACACUGAGCUAAAGUUCUGUUAAUAUCUCACAGAACUGUGCAACUAAUGAUAAAACACGUGGAGUUAGGGAAUUAUAUUCACACAAAAGCAGCAUUAAAAUGUCACUGCAUUGGGGAUCUUUGCCAAAUGGUUCAGAGCCACUGAGGAAUGAUUUUAAUAUGUUGCCAUGAGACGAUUCUAUGCAGUUUUACUAAUUAGCUCAGCAUACUUUUGGAGUUGAUUAUAAACCAUGAAGUAAGCCACAUCAUCAUACCCGCCACGGCUGAAGGUCUCAAAGUGCCGCUUCUCAAAUUUGUAGCUGGAAGCCAGAGUUCAACUUGGAAGAUCCAUCAUGAGGAAUGCCGGGCUGGACAGAGCCAUGAAAACCCAACUUUUCCCAUGGUAGAUUGAAAAGGUGGUAAGAGCUUUAGAGAAUAGGAGCACUUAUUGACCCUCCAUCCAAAAUAGAAGGCGUCAUGCUAAGCAAUGCUCCUACAUUGCAUCUGAACUGGAUACAUUGAUGUCUUCUGCAAUGGACUGUCUCAGAACAAUGUAGGCAAAGUGUUUUGCCUUAAGGAUACCCUGGCUAGCUUGUUUCUAUUAAAAUCUGCAUUCCUGUGCACGACCCAAGCUCUUCUUUCACUGUAUAUUCCUCUUGCAGCAUUGACUCUGGGUGUUGCAUUAUGUCUGAUGCCACUGCUGGUCUCCGAUCUCCCAUGCACUCCAAUAUUGGGUGAUAGGCAGAUCCAAACAUCUUCACCAAUUAACUUUUCAACUCAGUCCACUGAUGCAGCAUGUAAAAAAUAUACUCUGCAAUGUAAUUUCUAGCCUAUGAUCUCUAAAUAUAUUGGAAAUACAAUAAUGAAAUAAAAAAUAAAAAUGCUGUAAAUAUUUG